AUUACACAGCAGGACCUGAUGCAGCUCUCAGUCCCUGUCCCUGUGAAGGGCACUGUGUGCCCAGAAAGCACGUGUAGGGACCUACACGGGACACAGACGACAUCACCAGAGGCCUGAGGGCUGGGCCCCGGCCAGGCCUUGCUCCUGAGGUGGGGUGUGCACAGUGGCACAGAGGGGAGGUGGAAAUCAGAUGAGCCUGGCUGCAGAUUCCUCAGGCCAUAUGUCAGCUUCUUCCUCUGUCCCUCUGGAGGUCCUCCCGGGGACUCACUCCUUGUCCUUGUCCUUGGGACAGCUGAGCCGGGUCUUCUCAGUGGUGUAGGUGGCCAUACCUGUACCAUGGAGGCAGGAGCUGGACCCCUCCCAGGGGCUCCAAACCUAGGACAGACAGUACCCCCAUCGGGGCUGGUGGCUCAGGUACCCCAGCGUGGAGGAUGGGGGUGGCAGGGAGGUGGCCUUGCCCUCAGCAGGACACAUUCCCAGGUGGGUAUUUUGGUCCGUGUGACAGGCCCCCAGAGUCAUCUGGCCUUGGCCGCCCCAGGGAGUCAGCUCCCCUAUAAAAGGGCCCAUUGACGACGUGCUCCUCUGGCGGUGUCGUGGAGAGCAGGGGGGGACCAUGGACUUCAUGAGCAUUCAGCAGUUGGUGAGUAGAGAAAGAGGUGAAGGGAAAGUGUUGGGGUUCAGACAUGCAGCUCCCGGUCCCGGAGGCUGGCCUUGUGACUGGAGGCUGGGCCCCCAUGAGGCAGUGGCCCAGGAGAAGCUGAAACAGGAGGAAGAGAAGAAGAGAAUGGAAAAAUUCAACAGCUCCAGAAUGAAUCUGGAGACACUGACAGACUUAGAAAACUUGAUUCAAAGACGGAGAGAAAAGCGACUAAGACGCAGAGUCCCCCCCAAGGAACCUGAGCCCGAGGCUGCGCCACAGCCCCAAGGCCAGCUGGAACCCGUGGACCUGGAGAUGUUCCUGAAGGCAGCAGCUGAGAACCAGGAGUCCCUGAUUGACAAAUACCUGACAGAUAGAGGGGAUCCCAGUGCCCAUGACAAGCUGCACCGCACAGCCUUGCACUGGGCCUGCCUGAGGGGUCACGGCCAGCUGGUGAGCAAGCUGCUGGCAGCCGGGGCCACCGUGGAUGCACGUGACCUGCUGGGCAGAACCCCUGUGUUCUGGGCCUGCCAGGGAGGACACCUAGACAUCCUCAAACAGCUGCUAAACCAGGGAGCCCAGGUCAACGCCCAGGACAAGAUCUGGAGCACCCCCCUCCAUGUGGCAGUGCGGACGGGCCACUCUGACUGCCUGGAGCACCUCGUGGAGUGUGGGGCCCACAUUGACGCACAGGACAAGGAGGGGGACACAGCUCUCCACGAAGCCGUGCGCCACAGCCACUACAAGGCCAUGAAGCUGCUGCUGCUGUACGGGGCCAAGCUGGGUGUGCAGAAUGUGGCCUUCCUGACCCCCGUGCAACUGGCCCGAGACUGGCAGCGGGGCAUCCGGGAAGCACUGCAGGCCCACAUGGGGCACCCCCGCAUGCGGUGCUAGGAGCACGGACCCAUGGGGUCACUCAGUCGCCAUUCCAGCCCCCGAACCUCAGUUCUCGGCUUCAGUCCUGUUCCUCUCCGGCCUGAGGCGCUGCGAUUCCUGCUGGGCUGGGGCUGGGAUGGGCUGAGGCAGGGACCACAGGCAGCAGGUGGCAAAGUGGGCUUAUGGAGCUGGGCACAGAGCAGGAGCAAGGCUGGAGCAGGAAGUGAGCAAGCUGUGCUGGAGACCACAUCUGAGCCUCAGCUCGGGAGACCAGUUCAGUGAAGGGCAAGGUCUGAUCUCCCACACAGUGGAGCAGAGGUGGCCGGCAGCUGCACCCCAGACACACAAGACCAGGCCAGGCCAGGCUGGCGCAGGCACUGGUGUGGCUGCUGCCACCCCAGGUGGGUCUCUGGGCUGUUGGCAGUGGUUGCCUGAUGGGUCUAGAGUGGCUCUGGUCCUUAGGACUUGGUGGGCUCUGGGGUCCGUAGGGCCCUCAGCAGGCUUGAAACCCUCAGGACACCAGAACCCUCCAGGUUACCUCAGGGGCCGAGGACCAGUGAGCCAAGACCAGCACCCAUUUGGAGACUAUGCCCACCCUGUCCAAAGGCUUCUCAGGCCAGCCAGUGGGUUUCCUCCUGGAGCUGGAGAGCCCAGCGCUAGGGUUGCUUGCGGCCCACUCAGGUCCUGAGGUGGAGGCCCGCAACCCUGGCUUCCCCAGGGCUCUGCUGCCCCCUGGUGCUGGAGCCCUGCAGCUGCUGCGGCCUCUGCUCCACCUCCCUCCCCCACUGGCAGCUCCCUGAGCUCUGUGCCCAGCAGGCAGCAGGGCAGGAAGGGACACGUGGACACCCACCUGCCUUGGCCUGUGGUCCCCACUCUGCACCUCUUCCUGAACGGCUCCCUCUCCCACUCCCCCUCGGUAGACCUGUACACUGGCAGGGAUGGCUCCUCAGAUGCUCAACAGAACUACAGGCUGGAGGAGGGCGAAACAAGAGGCCCAGCCUCCCUCAUGUGGUCCUGGGUCAUACACAGCACCCAGGGUGGCUUCCAUUCAGCAGCAGUUAUUCCUAGUGUAACCAGGUGGCCUUUUUAGGCCAGAACAAGGCUACACUAGCAUGUGAAAAGGCUGAUGUACGCCUGCUCUGGGCCACACACCUGUCCAUGGGCAGUUCCUGCCCUGCGGUGGCAGAGCCAGUGUGCACCAUGACACAGGUGCUAUGGGUGAAACAGGCACUUAAAUCUACGGCGAUGACAAGUCCUGAAGUGACAGGCAAAAGCACCUUUUUAUACGGAUCAGUACCUUUUGUUCAUUAAAAUGGCUACCUAUCACAGCCUAGUCAUCCUCUUUCUGGAAGAAGCCAGUGUAUUGGUCACCAGGGACAGCCUGGUAGGCCCAGGGCCAAUGAAACUCAGCAGCCUGACACAAAGGCCACCCAGCACAGCAGCCUUGGUGUGGGGGCCUAGUGCCUGGUGAUUCUCUCUUGGCGUCCCAUUGCACAGAUGGGCGAGUUCAGAGGGCAGCAGCAGUCGGUAGCCUCAGCUGCUUGUCAGAACCACCAGUGCGCUUUGUAAAGUCCUGAUGUCCAGAGCCUUAGGUCAGUGGACAACACGCUCAUCUGCAUAUACCAGGAAAUCCGAAGACAUCUGCCUAAAAUGCCCAUUUAGACAGAGAGUUCAGCAAGAUCUCAGGAUACAACAUAAACACAUAACAAUCUAUUUUUCUCUAUCAGCAACAUGGACAUAAAGGUUAAAAACAUGAGCAUAUACCUGUUUAGGAAAAUGAGAUACUUAGGGUUAAAUCAGGUAAGGAAGGAUGCUGAAACCUACAAACCAAAAUGAAAUCAAUAUUUAUAUAAAUGAAGACAGACCACAUUCAUAGAUUGAAAGAUCAGUUAAAAAAGAUGUCACAACUGUUGAAAUCUAAGGAAAACCUUUAGCAGAUAGACAAGAUCAUUCUAGAAUUAUUGUAAAAUUUGUAAAAAAAAUUAGAGAAUAAUUUUGAAAAGAAGUUGGACAAGGUAGUCUGGUCUACUGGUCUGUAGACUUCCUGUACAGGUACAAUAAGCAAGAGAGUGUAAUAUGAAGAAAAAAAGUGCAAUAUGACAGAGGGGCACACAAGACAACCUAGAAAUAGAACCACACAAAAAUGCCAUUUUUUUAGUACUGCAAUUUGAACCUCAGCCUCACACAUGCUGGGAAAGUGUUCCACCACUCAGCUACAUGC